AUGGUUCGAGUUAAUACUUUAUGUCUUUUUUAUACACUAAUUAUUUAUUGUAUAAAGAUUGUAUCUUCAAACGAGUUAGAAAUUAAUCAAAUAGGGGAGUCGGGAUGUAGAAUAGUAACUGUGGUUCAUGACGGGGUGGCAAGGGUUUUGAUAUAUCCAUCGAUACAGAAACCUAUUAGGUUGAUUCGAGAUUUAAAUAAUGUCAUAUGGAUGGGUCACCCAGAAGAGUCACUGAGAUGCCUCACUAUUAUUACUUUCAGUUGGUCUGUAAAAGCAAUUUUAUUUAUUGAGGUUAGUAAUGCUGUUAGCAUUGAUGUUUUUUUCUUACGGAAACAUAUGAAUUGGUAUAAAAAUAUAACAAGGAAAGAAUGCAAACUUGAAUAUCGGUGCUUUGUUGAUAUUGCCAAAGAUCAUUUAGAAAAAACCGGAGAAGCUAUAAAGCCACAACUACCUUUUAUAGUACCUGAAAAACUUCCAAAAACUAAACCCAAAAAAGAGAAAAAACGUGAAUAUCCAUUUGAAAUGGAUGAUACUGAAGAACCUGCUAAAAAGAAGAUACCAACACAUACAGAGCUAGAACCAGAAACAAUUCCAGUGGAAAUUGAGUCAGAUGAUGAAGAAGAUGAAGUUGAUGUAUUAAAUGUAUCAAGACCUGACGAAUCAGAUGAACAAAGUGAACAAAAUGAUUAA